AUGGUCAGCCGACGCCACGUCAGCUUGAUCGUCGCUGCGCUCAUGUUGAGCGGUGACGAGUCUGCUGACGGGGCGAUCUGCAUGUCGGAGUACGGAUAUCGGACGCACGCCGGGGAUGUGCAGGUGCUCAUCCCCAUCGACCGUCGAGUUCAAUCAGUUGGAUUUAUUGUCACGGUGGAGCGCACUAUUCGACUGCCCCUGAGCCGGAGAUUCGCAACGGACUGCGC